GAUUUAUCCUUUGAUCUUUAUCCUUAAUCAAUGCUUCAAUUUUAGUGCAGAUGUUUAAUCUAUUGUCAAUCAAAAUAAUUCCUAACAUAUUUCUUAAGUUAAAUAUCAAUAGCUAACCCAUUGGAAUAAAUAUUUCUGAAAUCUAUUUUAUUGAGUAUUUCAUUCUUGUAUAAUUUUGUAUUCAACCCUAUCGACGUGUAUAAAGUCACUGGACUCCUAAUCAUGAAACGACAAAUGGAAGCACCUUUGGAUAACUCUUUUUGGUUAGUCAACACAGAACAAAAAAUUUGCAAGAAUGAAAAUAAAACGAGGUUAGAUCAUUACCACUUCAUCAUGUCAACUGCUGAAGAUGAUAUUAGUGAACAAAAUCAGUAUCCAGUCGAAUCCACUAACAUGAAACUGGUGAAAGUGGUGCCACUACCUCAUGCUAGGUCUGAGGUUUGGGCAUAUUUUGGGUUUAUUGCUGGGGACGAUGGAGAAAUUCAAGACAAGAAGAAAGUGGUCUGUAAGUUAUGUGCUACAACCUUGUCUUAUUCUGGUAACACGACAAAUCUAUUCACCCAUUUGAAAGCCCUUCACCCAGAAGCUACUCCUGCUAAACUGGCCCCAACAUCAAAACCCAUCCGCGGCAAAAAAGGAAAGUUCAAGUUUAUUGGUUAUCAAGCUGGGGAUAGUGUCGACAAUGAGAACCCUCAAGAGUACAUUGUCAGAGCUAUCACUUUUGGAGAGAAUGAGUCAAGUUCAAUGCCUGUUUCCUUUUUAGAAGAUGAUACACAGCUCAACACAACAGAACAGCAGAACAGUGAUGCAAAUGCAGUGGAUAGUAUUAUUUUAUCCUCUUCUACUAGUUUGCCUAACAUGGACACUUCCAACGCGGAAGUUGAUACAUCUAACGAAGUUAGCCCAGAGAAUGUCCCAUUGUUGUCUUGUGACGAUAUUACCAACGCAAUUGUUAAUAUGCUUGUGGAAGACUGUCGGCCCAUUUGUUUGACCCAAGGUAAAGGAUUUGCAGCUUUGAUAAAGUUUCUAGCUCCUGGAUACAAAAUACCUGAUUCACCUAAAUUGAAAACUUUAGUCAAGAAACGUCAUAAAGAAAUCCAGCGUACAUUGAUUUUAAGAGGGCUUAAUGAUGAAGAUCAGUAAAUUUACUAGUUUAAUCAUUUCCUGUUAUCAUCAAGACGGAUGUAUUAUUAGAUCUACUUAUUUUUUGGAUUAUAAAAAAUCAGCCUGACAUCGACGUUUAAUCAUCAGCAUUUUUACAAUCAUGACCCAAACGUUCAUCUCUCUCAUAUUCUUAACCAUCAUCGUCUCCAUCUUCACCACUAUUAAAAUAAAGUGAAUAAAUUAAACACUGAUUCGUAUUUUUUCCAGGCAAUCACAGGUUGAUAGUAAAAUUUUUCAAAAAUUAAUCCUUGAAUCUCUUUUCAGCUACAAAAAAUAGUUGUAAAUUAAUCAUUGGAUUAAUAUAUUGCAUGUAUUAUCUUCAUUAUAACUUAUAUUUGUAUUUCUUGAAAAACAGUCUAAAUAUUGACAUUUGCACUUUGUUUUGUAAAGCUAUACUUGACCAAUCGACUUUGGUCACCUUCGCGUCAACCGUCAAAUUAAACUAUACAAGUUAAAUUAA